AUGGCGCAAAUGGAAGAAAAUGCUGAACAACUCAGAAGAGCCCACAUCACCCCGAAUGAAGUGUCCGCUUUGCUGUUGGCCAGCCCGACUUUUAACCACAAUCACCAGAAUAUUACGGGUGGAACUCUCUGUCAAUCAUGUAAGACAAACACAAUUGAGUGGACUUAUACAAAAAAAGGGAAAGGCACUUUGAAUUUAGACAUACUCUCUCCUUCAGAUACACGCCAGUCCCGGGGUAUAAAAAGGAAAUUACAGGAUCCUGAAGCUUCCAGCAAUGGAAUGCAAGGAGCCAAAAUUAGCAUCAAGAAUCACAAGUCACCCGGGGAGCUUCAUUUGAUGUCAAAUGUUUUACAAAAAUUUCAAAGACACCUCGAGGCCGUAUUGAAUUUGGGUGAAAGACUUUCACAUUUGGGAAUUCUGCAACCUGGCGACACCCAUUCAAUAAUUUCAAGCUUCCCUCAGGUCCAAUCCCAGACGACGGGACAACUUAAUUUGAGUUUUCAAACUAUAGCAAAGCCAUUAAAUUUGUAUCUGAGGGGAUUAAAGCCCGUGAAACAGGUGGCGGACCGAGAUGAAUACAUCAAUCUAGUCACAGCGUUUAUGAAAAAUUAUAUAGCUUUCAAGGAUUGUGUUGAGUUGGCAUUGAGCUCCGCAGAAAGAUCAUAUUCAAAAGCAACUCAGCCGGUUCAAAAUACCUUAUCCAAGGUAUCUGCUUGCAGUACAACUACUAUCACAGCCCAAGAUGACACAGAGUUGUCCAGUGAAUCAUCAGAAAGUGAUUCCUCAGAGCUUAUUGUCAGAAUGCUGAUCCCCAAUAUGAAAUAA